UCAGUCACCAUGGUGGUGGCAUACAACAGAACACAGCAACCGUUGCGAGUGAUACUCACUCUUAGCUUCAUAAAAACAUUAAUAUAAUGAGUUUCCUAAGUGACGCUGAGAGAGAAUCUCUUUUAAAAUGGACGCAGGGUUGUUGUUGACGGGAUAGCUUUAGCCGUUAGCUUACUUUUUUUUUGUUUACCGGAUUCUUAUGGAAUUUCCUCCCGUCGCUAGCCAGAAUGCUGAGGAGACAAGGAACGGUUUUUACUUAGCGCUGGCUUGUUUAAAGAGACAAUUGUUUUUUACGCGUAGGAAACAACUCAGAAAUACAACCCGAGUCACGCUUUUAAAGUAAGUUUUUUUUCUAAAUUCAUUGGCGGUGGGAGGGCUGGUUUCGGGAGGCGGUUUCGGGCUGGACACCAGACAGAGAGACACUCCGAGAAGGGACUGGUCGGCUGUCUGGCUCCAGUCGUGGCCUGGCUCCGCCGGGCACUCCCAGCUUCAUCCACAAGCUCCGGAGCUCAGCCGAGAAGAGAAGAGAAGGACGCCAGGGGGGCUAUAUUUUGAAAACCAAGCGUCCCCUGCCCGGAUUUCUUUAAACAUUUUUAAGGAUAAGGACCCGCGUACCUCCCAGACGCCGUCUUCUAAAACAAUGGCGUCUUAUGUGGAUAACCGCUUUCGGCAGGCUGUGAUGAUGAACCCGGCUGAAAGGACGCAACAGGACCUGGAGAUUGUUUACUCAUAUCUCCACGGUAUGGAGGCCUUGUCCAACCUGCGAGAGCAUCAGCUGAGGAUAAUGUGUGAGACUGUGCGUUACGAGAGACACGAAGCCAAUGAAGUUCUUUACUAUCCUGAUGACAUUGGAAGCUGCUGGUACAUCCUGUUAUCUGGUUCAGUUUUCAUCAAAGAGUCCAUGUUUCUGCCCAGAAGCAGUUUUGGGAAGCGAUCAGCAGGAAGCCUGCGGCGUGGAUGUGAGUGCAUCGUCCUCGAAGCUUCAGAGAUGAUUGUGGUGGACUAUAUGGAUGAAAAUGAGGAAUACUUCCAGAGACAAGCCUCACACAGACAGUCCCGGCGGCGCUUCCGAAAAAUCAACCAGAAGGGAGAGAGGCAGACAAUCAUCGACACGGUGGAUCCGUACCCCGCCGGAAAGCCGCCCAUAGCCCGGGGGUARCACACGGAAUGCAAUAAACCUCAGCUCCCCGCAGACUUCAGCAGACUUCACCUGGCCGACGGCUUACACCCUCAGGUGACCCACGUCUCCUCCAGCCACUCAGGAUGUAGUAUCACCAGCGACUCUGGAAGCAGCAGCCUGUCAGACAUUUACCAGGCCACUGAGAACGAGCCAGGUGACAUGGACCUGAGCGGCCUGCCGGAGACUGCCGUCGACUCCGAGGAGGACGACGACGAGGAGGACAUCGAGCGAGCGUCGGACCCCCUCAUGAGCCGGGACAUCGUGCGGGAUUGUCUGGAAAAGGACCCCAUGGACAGAACGGAUGAUGACAUCGAGCAAUUACUGGAGUUCAUGCAUCAGCUGCCCGCCUUCGCCAACAUGACCAUGUCUGUGAGGAGGGAACUCUGUGCUGUCAUGGUCUUCGCUGUGGUUGAACGCGCCGGCACCAUCGUUCUCAAUGAUGGAGAGGAGCUGGACUCGUGGUCGGUGAUCUUAAACGGCUCCGUGGAGGUGACUUACCCCGACAGCCGGACAGAGGUCCUGUGCAUGGGGAAUAGUUUUGGGGUGUCGCCCACCAUGGAGAAGGAGUACAUGAAAGGUGUAAUGAAGACUAAAGUGGACGACUGUCAGUUUGUAUGUAUAGCCCAGCAGGACUACUGCUGCAUCCUUAACCAGGUUGAGAAGAAUAUGCAGAAAGUCGAGGAGGAAGGAGAGAUCGUUAUGGUGAAGGAACACCGUGAACUGGACCGGACCGGCACCAGGAAAGGACACAUCGUCAUCAAGGGCACACCGGAGCGCCUCACCAUGCACCUGGUGGAGGAGCACUCAGUAGUGGACCCGACCUACAUCGAGGACUUCCUGUUGACCUACAGGACUUUUCUUUCCAGCCCCAUGGUGGUGGGCAAAAAGCUCCUGGAGUGGUUUCACGACCCCAGUCUCAGGGAUAAGGUUACACGGGUAGUCUUGCUGUGGGUGAACAAUCACUUCAACGACUUUGAGGGAGACCCCGCCAUGACUCACUUUUUGGAGGAGUUUGAAAACAACCUGGAGAAAGAGAAAAUGUGCGGGCAUCUCAGACUGUUAAAUAUAGCGUGCGCAGCUAAAGCCAAGCCGCGGCUGGUGACGCUGACCAAGCCGUCCAGGGACUCUCCUCUGGCCUUCAGCCUCCUCGCAGGUCAGGAGAAAGGUUUCUCCAUCUUUAUAGAUGCRGUGGAGCCAGGCAGCAAGGCAGCAGAGGCCGGCCUUAAACGUGGAGAUCAGAUUCUGGAGGUGAACGGGCAGAAUUUUGAAAAUGUCCAGCUCUGUAAAGCCAAUGAGAUUCUUAAGAACAACACCCACUUGUCCAUAACUGUGAAGACAAAUCUUUUAGUGUUCAAAGAGCUGUUGACGCGGCCAGAGRACGAGCACGACCUGGACGCGGACGAGGAACACGACAGGAAGAACGGCGCGCCCCACCUGCCGAAGAUCGGCGACAUCAAGAAGGCCAGCCGCUACUCUAUACCGGACCUGGCCGUGGACGUGGAGCAGGUCAUGGGCCUGGAGAAAGCCAGCAAGAAGGCCAAGACCAACACAGUGGGAGGUCGCAACAAACUGAAAAAGAUCUUUGACAAGACGCUCACCAGCAUCCUGCCCCCCAAACCUUACAAUGACGUCUGCGUAGGCCAAUCACAGGACGACAGUAUAGUCGGGAUGAAGCAGUCCAAACAGAUCCCCCCAGCUCUGCCGGUCAGUGGAAACCUGUCCUCGUCGAAUCCAGACCUCCUGCAGUCUCACCACCGCAUCCUGGACUUCAACAACCAGCCUGUACCAGUCAUACUGAAUAUGUCAGACCAAGUGUUACGGGUCUUCAAAGCGGACCAGCAGUCUCGAUAUAUCAUGAUUGGGAAAGACACGACGGCUAAAGAGGUGGUGGUCCAGGCCAUCAGGGAGUUCGCCCUGACUGCAGCGGCAGAGGCUUAUUCUUUAUGCGAGGUGUCCGUCACACCAGAGGGCGUCAUCAAACAGAGGCGGUUACCAGAUCAGCUUUCUAAACUAGCUGACAGGAUUCAACUAAGUGGCAGAUACUACCUAAAGAGCAACAUGGAGACGGAGACGUUGUGCUCAGAUGAGGAUGCCCAGGACCUCCUCCGAGAAGGUCAGAUCUCCCUGCUGCAGCUCAGCACCGUGGAGGUGGCCACCCAGCUCUCCAUGAGAGCGUUUGAACUUUUCUGCGCCAUCGAGCCCACCGAGUACAUCGACGACCUGUUCAAGCUGCGCUCGAAGGUGGGCUCCGUCAGCCUGAAGCGCUUCGAGGAGUCCAUCAACCACGAAACCUUCUGGGUGGCGACGGAGGUGGUGCGGGAGCCCAACCAGCUCAAGCGCAUGAAGAUCGUCAAGCACUUCGUCAAGAUCGCCCUGCACUGUCGAGAGUGCAAGAACUUCAACUCCAUGUUUGCUAUCAUCAGUGGUCUCAACUUGGCUCCAGUGUCCAGACUGAGGGGAACGUGGGAAAAGUUGCCCAGCAAGUAUGAGAAGCUGUUCGGGGACCUGCAGGACCUUUURGACCCUUCCAGGAACAUGGCCAAGUACAGGAAUGUUCUUAACAAUCAGAACCUCCAACCACCGAUCAUCCCCCUGUUUCCAGUCAUUAAAAAGGACCUCACCUUCCUACACGAAGGCAAUGACUCUAAAGUGGACGGGCUGGUGAACUUUGAGAAGCUUAGGAUGAUCGCCAAAGAAAUCCGUCACGUGGGUCGCAUGGCGUCCGUCAACAUGGACCCGGCCCUCAUGUUCCGGACCAGGAAGAAGAAAUGGAGAAGUUUAGGGUCUCUAAGUCAGGGCAGCGCCAACGCAGCCGUGCUGGACGUCAGCCAGACGGGCGGGCACAAGAAGCGGGUGCGACGCAGCUCCUUCCUCAACGCCAAGAAGCUUUACGAGGACGCCCAGAUGGCCCGGAAGGUCAAACAGUACCUGUCCAACCUGAGCCUGGAGACGAACGAGGAGAGCCUGCAGACGCUGUCGCUGCAGUGCGAACCCUCCAUCAGUACAUUGCCCAAGAACGCCGGUGGGAAACGACCGGACACUUCUCCGGUUGUGUCCAGAGCUGCUAAUCAGCAAAGAGGCCAGCUGGCCAAAGGCAACCAGGCCCUGCAGGUCCCCGCUGUGGCCCUCUACCCAUCCCGGAAGAGAGUCCCAGUCAAGGACCUGCCACCUUUUGGAACGAGUUCGCCUCAGUCUCUGAAAAAGAUCCUGUCUCUGUCUGAGGAGGGGACCGACAGACACCGAAGACAGCCAGAGGACACCGUGUCCAAUGCCUCCUCCCAGCUCUCCUCCCCUCCCACCUCCCCACAGAGCUCGCCCAAGAAGGGUUACAGCAGGAGUGGGGACGCCUACUCGGACUCCGGUCACAGUGAGAUCUCCUCUCGCUCCAGUCUGGUCAGUAACUCCUCUUUCGACAUGGCCCAGGAGGAGAGGAGACUCCGCCACUCUGGGGGAGUUUGCGACUCCCACAUGGGGGGACCUCGGCUGGAAAGAAGAGCCACCACUGACCCUGACCAGUACAGUCUGGGCUCGUAUUCAUCGAUGCAGGACUGUCGAGGCAUUUACGCCGGCUGCCCCACAGUCCUCUCCUCGCCCAGCUCAGAGGAGCUGACUCAGGAUCAGGGCGAUCGCGUGUCCCUGGACGCCGCAGACAGCGGCCGCGGCUCCUGGACUUCCUGCUCCUCCGGCUCCCACGACAACAUCCAGACCAUGCAGCAGGGACGCAGCUGGGAGACCCUGUCCUUCGGAGGGGGAAGCAUGGGACUCCAUUUGGGACAAGAGGCCUUGCUGGGGGGUCCCGCUGCUCUGUGGGCAGCGCAGACCCGAGGGAGCUGGGCCUCUGCUAGCUCCUCCUCCUCCUCAGCAGCGUACUGGGGCGAGGACUCUGAAGGAGAUACCGGCACGAUAAAGAGGAGAGGAGGAAAGGAUGUCAACGCCGACCCGGAGACGAGUAGCAUCACAUCCACCGGGUCAGAGGAGGCCAAGCAUCUUGGUCGGCCAUCCCCGUCGCCCAUCACUGCUGGGGGUCGAAAGGAGGGCCGAUUCCGUGACCCCCCACCCACUCCGCCGGGCUACACGGCCCUGACCAUCUCCGACGUGACGGACGGGCAGCACCCGCCUUCCUCCGCCCCCACGCCCACGGCGACCCACUCGAGUCGCCGGCCGCCCGACUACACCACCGCCCUGCAGCGCUCGCGCAUGGUCACCCAGUCGCCCGACUCCCACCAGGCCCACCAGGCGGCCAAGCACCGGGCGGGGGGCCUCCACCGCACCCGCUCGCCGGCCGAGGACCAGGAGCCCGAGGAGGAAGAGGAGGGUGAGUCCUUGUCCUCCAAACUAGUCGCUCUGAGGAAACCAGUGGCUCGGCACCGACCGUGACAGGUGGGGGUUAACAGACAGGGCCGCCCUCCCUCCCCCCAUUAAGGCAGGUAAAAACUAAUUUAUGAGGCUGCCCACCCCCCACCUCUCCUCUCCAAAGAACCUGCAUGUUAACAAGGACACACAAGACUGCACCCCUUCAUAAGCUCCACCCCCCCCAGCACAUUUAACCGACAAGCAGGGGCAGAAAACCUCUCUCUAACUCACAACACAUCAUCCUGCAUGAGUCAAACUGGUGUAAUUAGACCCUCACUGCUGCCUCCAUGCAGUAUAUUCUGCUGUUCUCCCUCACACGGCACACUGUGUCAUGAAGCACCAGUUACAGGGCACAGCCUUGUUCUGUCACGUUAAACCAAUCACCAGAAUCCUGCAUCGUAUUUCUCUUGCAUAACUCACCUUCAGUCACUCUUUAAGCCCUGUUCGCACGGGGUAAGCAUCAUCUGGGGACCCCGUGUAAUAAACAAAUUACUCCCCGAUGUCUGUUUUUUAUGUGGUGCGUUGCAUCUGAUUUUGCUCCUUUUCUUCAGUCGUUCCUUUUUGAUGCUGCACCUUACAGGUCUGAGAAGAAACCGUGUUCAGUUACUCCGUUCAUGUUUCCUGCAGAUCCUUAAAAAGACUUAAAAGUCAUUGAAUUCAUCAAUCCAAAAAUAAGGCCUUAUUU